AUGUCUCCUUCUUCCUCUGCCUCUUCUCCAUCGUUAUGGACUCGUUUCAUCAACUACAUCACAUCAUGGCUCUCAUUCGUUGUAGAAUUCAUUUGCUCCCUCUAUCGAGAUGAAUUACAACGACAAUCACGCCAAAGUGAUGACUAUCAUCGAUGGAGGCAACAUCAAGAAAUGAUGAAAGAACAAGAACAACCCUUCAUGAUGAUGACCACUUCGACCACACCAAUCCUAACAUCCUCAUCACCCAUUGGAGAAGAUGAAGAAAAUAUUUUGGGACAUUAUUCACAAUCGAGUCAUUGUCCUCUAGAAACAACUGCCAUUCUUCCGACGAGUGAAUCAUCUGUAAAUAAUAUUAUUACUCCUACGAAUAGAAUCACAACAGUCUCAUCACCUUUCUCCAAUUCAAUCACGAAUGAAUCCGUUGAAGCUGUCAAGCAACAACAACAACAAGAAUCAGAAAUCAUUUCUGAACAAAGUCCACUUUUAAAGUCCUCUCAGAAAGAAACUUCUCCUCAAAAACAAAUGACACCAUUAAACAAGGAAGAGAUGAUUCGCAACAAAACUUCUACUCCUCCUCAAAAACAACAAACGAGUUCUGUAAACAAAUCCAAUUCGACCACACCUGUUCUUUCUAAAGUGUCACCCAAUGUAAAAUCAUCAACCAUGACAAAGGAAUCUGGUGUCACUUCGCCCUCGGAGGCCUCUGGAUUGAUUGGAGAACGAUUGAAAUUGAAGAAGACCAUGAAAAACAAGUUACUCUCUCAGAAUGCUUACAAUUCCCUUGUUAAGAACAGCAAACAACAACAGCAACAAUCAGGAGAGGAAUCUGGAAGUCACUCAACACAAAAUACAAGUUCCGAUGCAUUGGAUUCUUCAGAAAUUAUUGCACAAAAGAAUUCACAAAUUCUUAAAAGAAAGUUGAGCUCAAAACCAUCUUUCACACGACGAAGACCAACCACCACUCAACACAAUGGACAGCAAGAGAAAAAACCAAGUAUUGAAAUUCUGUCCAAGUUGGAGAAUGAGUCAUCGAUUGACUUGCCAAGUGUUGAAAAAUUCGCACAUUUGGAAGAACAAGCUCAAUUGGAAAAGAAGUUGGGAACAGAAACUGCCAUGAAGCAGCAACAAGAAAAGAAGAGAAGUGAUGACAUAGAGGUGAACAACUCCAAGAGCCCUUCUUCAAAGAGCAACACAAAGGGACCUCAGGUUUCGUUGGCAGCAAUUUUAGGUGCAAAAAAUUCCCUUAGAAAAACUCAAUAA